GCGCCGACGACGUGAGCAGCUCACGAACAUGUCUGCGAGCAACAAGAUCUUGCGAACGGCCAAUGCGCCCCGCGUGAGCCCUACCGAGCUCGAGCUCGAGAUCGGACAGGCUCUGUUGGACCUGCAGAACAGCGUCGCUGAUCUCAAGGUCGAGCUCGCACCUCUGCAAUUCUCUGCGGCCAGAGAGAUUGAGGUCAAGGGAGGCAAGAAGGCCAUCGUCAUCUUCGUGCCCGUCAACCAGCUCAAGGCGUUCCACACGAUCCAGUCUCGCUUGACCCGCGAGCUCGAGAAGAAGUUCUCUGACCGUGCAGUCCACUUCAUCGGCCAGCGCAAGAUGAUCAGAAAGCCGACCCGCAAGUCUCGCUCGAAGCAGCAAAGACCGCGAUCGCGCACGCUCAAGGACGUUCACGAAAAGAUCCUCGAGGAUCUAGUCUACCCUACCGAGAUCACGGGCAAGAGGACACGCCAAGCUACCGACGGCUCGAAGCUCAUCCGAGUUUUCCUCGACGCCAAGGAUGCCACCUCGCUCGAGUACAAGCUCGACUCGUUCUCGUCUGUCUACAACCGUCUGACGGGCAAGAACGUCGCCUUUGAGUUCCCUGCCGGUGAGGCAUAGACCUUGUUGGCGAAGAGAGAUGCAUUGUAUCAACCGUCUUGCAACUCAUGGCUGCCUGCCAAACGACGACGCUCUGCGGUCCAACGAGCGUGUGCAUCAUGACUAUCCUUUACAGCUUGAGGUCAGACGCGGGAGUCUAUUGACCCUUGCGAUCGGUGACGUUCUUCUUGGCUUGCUCUCUUCGAAGCAUGGCCAUCUGUUUCUUCUUGGCUUGCGCGUUGAAGAAGCAGCCGAGCACGAAGCUGACUGCGUUGAAGAAGGGCAC